AAACAACCUGACAUACUUUCAUUCCUUCUGCAAUAGAGUUUGAUCCUGAACAGGGGAAAAAAAACUGAACAUUACAGCAAGCAGCUGUAGGGCGUACCAUCACCAUGUUGCUUUGGCCUCUGCUUCCUGUGUUCCUGGCUACAGUCGGCAUUUGUGGCUUCUGGGUUGUAUUUGCCAUGGCAGUUACAAAUGGCUCGGUCAACAUCACGGAAGCAUUUCCAUAUAUCAGCACGUGCGGUGCUUAUCCACCCCAGAGUUGUGUGUUUGGACAAAUUCUUAAUCUUGGAGCCUUUUUAGGUGUGGUGAUUUGCUUUCUAAAGUACCAACAAGUCCGAGAUUAUGGCUGUCAUUCCUGGCUGAAUUUAGUUGGACUUAUUUUAGGUCUACUUUGCGCCUUUGGUGCAUCAUUAGUGGGGAAUUUCCAGCAAUAUAACCAACUGGAAGUCCAUGUGACGGGUGCCUUCUUGGCUUUUGUGGUUGGCAUCUUUUACUUCUGGAUCCAGAGUUUUCUGACCAACCAAGUGAAACCAAGACAUGGAGGGAGCUGGAUCGGACCACUCCGGUUCUUCCUUAGCUUUUGUGGUUCUGCCUUGUUUAUUUCCACGGUUGCUCUUUUUUCCCUGCAACUGCACUCUGAGGCAGCCUACUGUGAAUGGGCCAUGGCCAUGGCCCUCUUCCUGCUGUUUGGCCUUUUUGCGGUGGAUUUCCAGCACAUCGGCGGCUGCUCAGUCCAUGUACUGCACCGGUGUGCAGAUGAGAACUCCCAGAACAUGCAGACCUCAGUGCAGACUCUUUCACUCUGAUUCUUCUCGUUCCACAGAAGAAGGUGGUGUCUCAAUGAACCUGUCCGUGCACCAGGCCUGAUUUUCUGGUGGAAAAUGCUGCACCAGGUCCUCAGCAUUUGGCUGUGAGGGAAAGAGAGCCUAAAACAUUGCCUGACCUAUCAUUUUCUCAUUUAAAAAGUUUUCUUAUUUGGCCGUCCUUAUUUUGGAUCCAUAUAAUUCUGUGGUAGAGGAGAAAUAUCCUAAGUUUCCUUCAGCCAUUUUCUUCUGACAGGGAAGUUAGCCCCAGUGUUUUUCAUUGGAAGAUCUACUUGUCAUCUUCUGGGUUUGUUCUUUGCAAACUACUUCCCAAUUGGCCAGCUUACCUGCCCGAACCAGCUUCCUGGAAGAAUCCGUUAUAAAUUGAAAAGUGAGGAGGCCUUGUUUUUUUUAUCUCCUAAUUGACUUCCUAGUAUAGAUGAAAAUGAAUAGUUAUCCUCCUCUUCACUCUUCUUUGCCAGCAGAGCCAUGGAGAAGAAUAAAGGAAGAAAGCAGACAAAGCAGCACAACCAUUUUGCACAGUAGAUCUUGCUACCUCAAAGCUGACUAAACUACAUGUACUGAUAUUCUAAAACUGGUUUAAACAGCUAGAAUGGUUAUAUCUACACAUGCAUGAACUGUUUCUUUUGGACUUGCAAGAUAAUAAUACUACCCAACUUCUUAAAAUGUGUAUAAAUAUCUGAUUUAUAGGUAGAUUUAUGCUCAUCAGAGUGAAUCCAGUUUCUUUAUAUCUUUUAGAAAUUAACAACUUUGGGCGUCCUUCCUCUGAUCAAAAAGGAACUUGCUUUUCCUAAUAUUUAAUGAAGUUGCAUUAUCCCAUUAGAGGGCCAGAUCUGAAAAUCCAAAGCUGUCUUUCUUUUAUAUUUUCUUAAAACUUUGCCUAAAUUAUAGUCUACCACAAGGGGGGGGGGAAUGUUUCUGUCUUCCUCCCUGACAACUUUUAUUUUAAUUGCUGUAUUUAUAACUUUUCCUGGCCCAAUUUCAGUUCUUUUGUGAUGAAAAAAUAAUAAAUAUAAAGUUUUUGGCUCCUA